AUGGCACACUCCCACUCCCACGACGGCUCGGCACCUCACUCCCACUCCCAUGAUGGCAGCACCUUCAACGCUCAGGAGCACGGCCACAGCCACGAGAUCCUCACGGGGCCCGGCAGCUAUCUCGGUCGCGAGAUGCCCAUAGUCGAAGGCCGUGACUUUUCCGAGCGUGCCUUUACCAUUGGCAUUGGCGGCCCGGUCGGCUCGGGCAAGACGGCCCUGAUGCUUGCGCUCUGCCUCGCGCUGCGCGACACGCACUCCCUCGCGGCCGUGACCAACGACAUCUUCACGCGGGAGGACGCCGAGUUCCUGACGCGCAACAAGGCGCUGCCCCCGUCUCGCAUCCGCGCCAUCGAGACGGGCGGCUGCCCGCACGCCGCCGUGCGCGAGGACAUAUCCGCCAACCUGGCCUGCCUCGAGGACCUGCACCGGACCUUUGGCGGCGUCGAUCUGCUCCUGAUCGAGAGCGGCGGCGACAACCUGGCCGCCAACUACAGCCGCGAGCUGGCCGAUUUUAUCAUCUAUGUCAUUGACGUCUCGGGCGGCGACAAGAUCCCACGCAAGGGCGGGCCCGGCAUCACGCAGAGCGAUCUGCUGGUCGUCAACAAGACGGACCUGGCCGAGAUUGUCGGCGCCGACCUGGGCGUCAUGGAGAGGGACGCGAGGAAGAUGAGGGAGGGCGGCCCCACCGUCUUUGCACAGGUCAAGAAGUCGGUCGGCGUCGAGCACAUUGUCAACUUGAUCCUCAGCGCCUGGAAGGCGAGCGGAGCAGAGGAGGUCGCCAAGGCGAACGGUGGCCCGAGGCCUACCGAGGGGUUGGAGGAGUUGCGUGCUUCGGCUUGA